UCUAGAUCAAGAGGCACUCCCAUCCUGCACCGUUACAAGAUCCUCUCAGAGUUUCCACAAUAAAUAUCAGUGUUGGAAGAGCAGAGGUUAAAUAUACAGGUGAAGAUGGUGAUGCACAUUGACAAAAAGAGUACCUGCCACUCCACUGACAAUAAGGCCGACUACUCUGUCCACAACAAAGCAUGGAUGAAAAUAACAGGCCCUGCAGCUGCGCCGCUUGGGGACGUUUUCUUUGGAUCGAGUGUUAUGGUACAAGCAGAACUCACGGCUGCAGGAAGAGAAGACGAAGUUAAAGUUCAAAAAGUCACCGCUGACAGGAGACAGAUUGUAGAAGAACACUCUGUAAAUGUAGGUGUUCAUAAUGCAACCUGGUCAGCGCCACAAGGACAACGAGCAGAGGGAAUGAAACCAAAGAGAGCAUCAAAGGUCUUCAUCAAAGGAACAGAUGGAGUUCAGAAGUGCAUCAAAGUGCUGAGAGCCUACAGGGUCGUCCUGUUGGGAGAAACCGGGGCUGGGAAAAGCACCCUUGGAAACUCCAUCUUAGGAGAGGAAGUGUUUGAACCUGGCAAGACGACUGACUAUCAAAUUCAGUCCAAAUCUGCCCACGAAAGAAGAAUCACUGUGUUGGACACUCCUGGUUUCUCUCAUUUUGACCAACCUGAGGCAGAGCUGAAGGAUGAGAUAGCGAGGUGUACCGCAAGGUGCCGUCCCGGUCCCCAUGUUCUUCUGAUUGUGCUGAACGUAGAGGAAUCCGCAAAGCAACAGUCGGCUGUAAUUGACAAAAUCUGCCAGUGUCUUCCAGAGGAAGCAUUUAAAUAUGCUGCCGUUGUUUUUACUCAUGGCCCUAAUCUAAUGACCAUUGAAAAGUAUAUCAAUGAGAAUCAACAUCUUAAGGAUUUGGUAAUGAAGUGCAGUGGCCGAUAUCAGGUAGCUGAUCAUAAGAACAGCCCGAAGGGUGACGAAAACGACUCCCAGGUGUCACAGCUGAUCAGCAUGAUGGAUAAGAUAGUGAUAGAAAACAAAGGAAGGUGUUACACCAACGAAACCCUCCAGGCACAUCAGAGAGACAAAAAUAACACAAAAUUAAGUAACCCAAAACAUCCAAACGACGACAAAAAAUGUAAUGCCAACAACAACUUGUGGAUUAGCUUGUCAGGCCCUGAGGGGAACUUGGUGGCAGAAGCUUUCUUUGGGUCAGAUGUUGCAGUUUGGCAAACAACACAGACAUCCACCAAGACUGGAGAAUGCACUACUAGUAAACAGGGAGAAUAUGAAGUACCACGUUCUGAACCAAAAGGGAGAGAUGAAAAGUACAAGAGUCCAUCUGAAACAAACUCCACUUCAAUGGAGGAGGAAGAGAAAAAUGAAAAAGAAAGAGAGUUUGAUACAGAAACAAACGAGGCGCCUGAAAAGUCGGACAGGAGGAAGGAAACAGUAAGGAAAGAAUCUAGAGGUUUAUGGGGAUUUGUAACUGAUUUACUUGGGGCAGUAAUGGGAGGUUUAGGGGCAGUUGCAACAGGUCUUACUGGGAUGAUAGUGGGAGGUUUAGGGGCAGUUGCAACAGGUCUUACUGGGAUGAUAGUGGGAGUUUUAGGGGCAGUUGGAACAGGUCUUACUGGGAUGAUAGUGGGAGUUUUAGGGGCAGUUGGAACAGCUAUAACUUGGGUGGCAAAAAUAACUGCAGGUAUAUUAUCUUUGGUAGCAGCAGCAUGGUUUCUCACUUGGGUCAAGAAAAUGCAUGACAAGAUCAUCGACUUUUAUGAGAUGAUCAAGAAGAACAUCGGAGUCGUCCUUCUGGUCGUCGCUUUUUACUUCCUGCUGUUCCUGUCGUUUUGUGACAGAGUACCAAUGGCUGGAACCAUUUUCCUUUCAAGUGGAAUAUUGGUGAUGUUUUUGGUCAUACUGUUGUUAUUCAUUGUCAUUGUGAAAUAAUGAUAGUUUGUGACUCUGUACCCAGUUUAAUGUAUUUCGGGAAUUGGGCCCAAAAUCUGAAGAUAUGGAGACGUAACUGUUGGAUUUUAAGAUGUGUGAUCAUCUUCAGUGAAUGUGGAGAUUUUUAAAAAAAAUCUCCAAACCGCUACUGCUUUUUGAACUCAUAAUCAAUGCAUCUGUGUAUUCUCUUCAUGAAAGGUGAUUCUUGGGUGAAGAAGGAGCAAUUAGUAAUCUGGAUUAGAUCUGGAUCACUGGACAAUAUGUUAAUCCCUUAAAGAAUAUUUAAGAAUGGAAAUCACAUCAGUCUUAGUUGUUUUAUAUAGGAGAUCUCUGGUUCCUAUUUAUAUGUCAAUUGAUAUUUGAAUCCUUCUCAUUACCAGUAGUUUGUUUCUGUUAAUUGCUGGACCUUGUCAUGUCCCCCCUUUGUCUUCACCUCUGGUCAUAAAUGUCUGGACAGAAUUUUGAACUUCAGGUUGGUUUUCAGUUUGAUGUUGUUCAAAACAUGAGAACUUUGAACACAUGCUGGAUUGGUUUUUGGUCACCUGUAAAACAGAGAGAUUGAUUUUUAGGGGAUGGUACUGUUGCUAAUUUGGUUGGCUUUUAGCAAGAAGGUUCUGGGUUUGAGUCCAAACGUCGGGGUGUUUCUACAUGGAAUUUGCAUUUUCUUCUUGUGCUUGUGUGGGAUUUCCCCAGGUACUCCAGCUUCCUCCCAGAACCCAAAAACAUGAUUGUUAGGUUAAUUGAUCUCUAAAUUUCCAUCAGGCAUGGCUGUGUGUGUGGUUGUCUGCUCCUACACACAUAAAAAGUGUGUAGGAGAUAUUUUAGACAUAUCAAACCACAGAGUAGUCUCUGAAAUAUAUUUACAUGAGACUAGAGACUCAUGUAAACUGCUGGUAUUUGUUGAUUAAGAAAAAAUUUAGAUGAAACUCCCAAGACACUGUAGUUGGCCCACUGUGGUUUUAAUGUCAUCAAAAGCCCUUUUGAUCCUUAGCAUCCACCUCACUAGCUUCUUCCUUGUUUAGAAAACUGCAAGUUAUCUCAGAUAAGCCAAGUUAAAUAGGACAACACGGUUCAAUGUUUAACAAAAUGUUCUGACUACUUUGUCUAAAUAUACACACCAGCUAUGUGUGCAACAGCCUUUGGCAAAGCAAUAAAGUGUAAAUAAAAUGUAAUUUUAUUCAUUAGGUAUCUGGUGUGAUGUUUCCCAGUGCUAGACAUGCUAACGCUAAGCAAUCUUGUGCCAAGAUUUAGGAGUAAGACUUUGUAUUUGUUUGUAUUAAGUACCAGACUGUGGGAAGGUUCGACUUUGCUCAGCAGCAGUUUGGUCGCUUGAAUUUGCUUUUCUGAACUUUUUGUUUCAAUGUGAUUUGAUAGUCGAAGAUCCACAUGUGUGACUGCAGAAAGUUAGUCAGGUGUGUUGUCGUUUUCAGGACUUGUUUAAUGGAAAGUGAUGUCUGUUUUUGUUUUUUCGACAAUAUCUUUAUAUUUUUAAGAGAACUUUUAAACUACGCGUCUUUUAUAGAACAUUGUGUCAUUUCACCACUGUAAUCGGAUUUGUUCAUUUGUUUCAUCUAAUUUCUCUUUCCAGUCUGGCUGCCAUUUUUUAUGUUUUCUGAAUAAAAGUAAUUAGGUAGAAACACCAAAAUGUUUCUUUUAAAAACAAAAUAAUAGUAAUAAAAACAGAUG